AUGGAGGGGCCAAGCGGGUCCAGCUUCGGGAUAGACACCAUCCUGUCGGGAGGCAGCACCGGCAGCCCCGGAGUCAUGAACGGAGACUUUCGCCCCCACGGCGACGGCAGGCCCGCGGAUUUUAGGAGCCAGGCCACGCCGUCCCCUUGCUCGGAAAUCGACACGGUGGGGACGGCGCCCUCGUCGCCCAUCUCGGUGAGCAUGGAGCACCCCGAGCCGCACCUGGGGGUGGCGGAGAGCCUCCCGCCGCCGCCGCCGCACCACCUCCACCUCGGCCCGCACCCGCCGCCGCCGCCGCCGAGUUUGCAGCCGUCGCCCCCGCAGCCGCCGCCGCCCCAGCUAGGCUCGGCCAGCUCCGGCCCCAGGACUUCCACCUCUUCUUUUUUAAUUAAGGACAUUUUGGGCGACAGCAAACCGCUGGCGGCGUGUGCACCUUACAGUACCAGCGUCCCCUCUCCCCAUCACACUCCCAAGCAGGAGGGCAGCGCGGCCCCUGAGAGCUUCAGGCCCAAACUCGAGCAGGAGGACGGCAAAGCCAAGCUCGACAAGCGUGAUGACACACAGGGCGACAUCAAAUGCCACGGGACAAAGGAGGAGGGCGACCGGGAGAUCAGCAGCAGCCGGGACAGCCCGCCAGUACGGGCCAAGAAGCCUCGGAAGGCGCGGACCGCCUUCUCUGACCAUCAGCUCAACCAGCUGGAGCGCAGCUUCGAGCGGCAGAAGUACCUGAGCGUGCAGGACCGCAUGGACCUGGCCGCCGCCCUCAAUCUCACAGACACACAGGUGAAAACCUGGUACCAGAACCGAAGGACGAAGUGGAAGCGGCAGACGGCAGUGGGCCUGGAGCUGCUGGCCGAGGCCGGGAACUACUCGGCCCUGCAGAGGAUGUUCCCCUCGCCCUAUUUCUACCACCCUAGCUUGCUGGGCAGCAUGGACAGCACGACGGCGGCCGCGGCGGCCGCGGCCAUGUACAACAGCAUGUACCGGACUCCCCCCGCGCCGCACCCUCAGCUCCAGCGGCCGCUGGUGCCGCGGGUGCUGAUCCACGGGCUGGGGCCCGGCGGGCAGCCGGCCCUUAACCCUCUGGCCAACCCCAUGCCCGGCACCCCGCACCCCCGGUGA